UCGAGACAUCUCAAGUGGAUUGAUUGACCAAGCUCGAAUCCGAUUUAAAAUUAGCGAGUGUGGAGUGCAUUACGCUGCCUACCAAACUGAUUAACAGCGCGAUGGAACGUGGCAAAUGCUUUCUUUAAAGUGAAAGCAUUCUCCGUAGUCAACAUAACUGUGUUGAACGUUUCCAUCGAUCGGUAUACUUCUCUUGUUCAAGAUGGUGUUAACCAGAAGCCAGACAUCUCGCCGCACUAGAUAUUCAACACAGCCGCUCAAUGCAGCUCCAACUGGAGUUCAUGUGAACCAAACUAGAAUAAAAAGGGGACCUAAUGUACGAAAAUCCAAACCCGCAGCCCAACCAAGUAAUCCUACAUUAGCAAGUCAUCUUUGGGACUUCAUGGACGAACUUUCAAGUCAAGUGACACGGUUCAGGCUGGCUAGGCUAGUGAUAAAAUAUAUCGGGCGAUUAAAGAGGACUCACCCGAAAACAGCUCGCUUUAUAUCGCUUAUACUUUUUGUAAUCCUAUUGGUUUAUUUUGUUUUGAUAACUCCUGAGUUGUUUAAAGUCUACGACAAUGCAACUAAUGUUUGGCUGCGGCUUUUUCCACCUGAUUUACCAAGCGUUUAUUUCAACGGAGUCUCGUGGCCUCCAAGGCAUCGAUGGGUUUGGCGUGAGGAGGAACUUUCGAACGUAACGAGACGGAUAACGGCAAUGUCCAAAGAACAUGAUGGAAAGCAGGUUCACAUGUAUUUGAUCGGCGGUCCAGGUUCGGGGAAAUCGGAACUCGCUAGACAAGUGGGGCUUCGUUUAAAUGAAUCUCUGAAGCAAGACCGUAGACCGGUUGACAUAGUAACAAUCCAGGCUGCCACUGUCACUUCGCUCAUAUCAAGCUUUGCCGACUCAAUUUCUGCACUCAGCAAAAGUUCAGCGGAAAAGACGGACGGUAUAAAACAAUUAAAAGAAGAGCUGGAUCAUAAAAUUGGCGGUUUGUUCGCAAAAGAAGGAGAUGAUUUGAAAACUGAAAUGAAACUUAAAAUAUAUUAUGCAAAACUUUGCGAGCUUCUUAAACAACGAAACAGUCGCCCAGUAUUGAUUUUCGACAACGUGCGAGAGUUGAAGUGGUUGUUCAACUACCUUAACCUUGAGCCGGGAAGUCAGCAUUUUACGACUUUUGUAGUUAUCGUUACUCUAGAAAAGCGCGUGUCUUUGACAAGACUAAGUGAUUACGUAGAAGUGCAGGAUUUAUACGAGGGUAUGACCCUAAAUGAUUCUAUUAAACUUCUGCAACUAAUUACAGGAUUAGACAAAAACAAUGAGCACAAUGCUAAGAAACUCGCGAUUAUUCUCGGAAGGCAACCACUCGCUGUCGCAACCGCGGCGAUUUACAUAGAAAGCGUACGCCAAGGUCCCCCCAAGCGUUCUACAUACUCUUAUUCGAACUACAUAUCUGAGUUCAAGCGAGACAUUGAAUUCCUUGGAAUGGAAGAGCAACUGGAAUGGCAAGAAAGCGACGCUUCGAAGUACGAUGUUGCCAUGUACACCGCUGCUCUAAAAGCGGUUAAGCAUUCGGCUCAGAUUGAUCCAGUGAUUCGGGAAAUCACCUGUAUUGGAUUUACAGAUACGUCGCCGCUUAGUCUAUCCUACGUCCUCGACUUCUUGAAAACGAACUCGAGCCAUCAAUUCACAGAAGCGCAAGUCCGAAACUCCUUAAGGAACGUGCUUUUUAAAGUGGCGGGUCAGGAGAACCACCAAACUCUGCACACCCAUCAGGUAAUCCGAGAAGUUUUCCGUCGCGUUUGCAAGGUAAGUCGUUAUAACCCGAGCUGCCUUAAUUCAGCAUUUUGCAAUCUGACGAUCAGUACUAAUGCAGAUUUCAGUAACAGCCAGCUGCUGAUCUCAGAUGUCUUUCAACGACUCGUUUCAUCCUUUGAGCGGCAGCUGAAUUUCACAACCUCAUCUUUGCUAAACGUGGAAAACGCCACGGUAACAGAAUCUAACAUUGUUUUUGGCUCUGAAUAUUUAGAUAUCCUGACCUCGCUAUGCAUAUUUUCCUCGAGGGAAGGCUUGAAGAUGGAAGAUGUGAUGAGAGUCAGUUUUUCAGACACCUUCUUGCGGUUCUUUGCGCACAACUCUGGGUAUUGGCCAGGUUUGAUCAAGGCCACAACAAACGAAUUCAGACUAAAUGAAAUAGUGACUCUGGCAAACUUGCAGGCAAACAACGACUCUCGGUUUGACUUACAGACAAUUCUCCUUGUUCUAAGCCUGCAUAGCGGAGCCUCAAAGUUGCAAAAAGAGCAUUUCAUGACUGCAAUAAACAAGACUUCGACAGGGAUUGCGCAACUUAUUAAAAAAGUAAAUGACGAUGCAGUUGUCUUAAACAGAACAAAGCCACUUCUUUUGAACAUCUUAGGAGCGAUGUACCGUGGCUUAGGGUAUCCUUACCGAUCAAAGGAUCUUCAUGAGCUUGCAUUUGAUUUUUAUCGCACAAACUUCACUGACAACAGCACAGGAGAACACACUACAAGCAGUGAUAACGACCAAGAGGUUUUCUUAGGCAAGGCAAGCACUCUACAUAAACUCGGAAUCAUUUAUCGUUACUUAGGUAACCUUGCCAUUGCUCAGUCUGCGCAUGAGUGGUCACUUAGUCUACUAAAGCAGUUAUCCGGGGACCACCGAGUGUAUAUUUCAGGUUCACUUCUUAACCUAGCUGUUGUUUAUAGCCGCCUUGGGAAGUACUAUGAUGCACUGCGGUUGUAUAAUCGCUCAUUGAUCAUGCUGCAAGAGAUAUAUGGCCCAAGUCAUGCUAGCGUGGGGAGGCUUUAUACCACCAUUGGAACUGUCUAUUAUCGGCUUGGAGACUUCAAUAACGCCACACAACAUACAGAACGUGGAUUGCAAAUACUCGAGGACUUUCACGGAGAGUUACACCCUCAUGUGGCCGAGGCACUGAAUUUUCUCGGAUUCAUGUACAGAGAUCAAGGACAUUUAAGCAAGGCUAAGAUUGUUCUGGAACGCUCCACGUCUAUUAAGGAGAAGGUCUUUGAUCCGGAGCACUUCAUACUUGGAGAGGCUUUAAACGAUCUAGGGGUGGUGUACACUCGUCUGGGUGAAGGACAAAAAGCCAAGAUGGUCUUACAAAGAGCACUGCAUAUCUUUAAUCUUACUUGGGGAGAGGGGCAUACCUCAGUUGCGACGGCCCUAAACAGUUUAGGAGCCGCCCACAGCGCCUCGAGGGAGCUAGAAGAAGCGAUUUUUUUGCACAAGACAGCCUUAAACAUUCUCCUUCGAAUGGACAUGAGUGCCAACUUGGAACACUUAAUUGCAGAGACAAGACAGCUCCUUGGCAACGCUUACAUGGCGACGGGAGGCCUCGAAGAUGCCAAAGACAUGUAUCAGCUUUCGUACUUGGGAUUUAAGAAGAUUUACGAUUCCCAUCAUUGGAGAGUUCAAGGUGUUUUGAAGAGCUUAAGCUCUUUAGGGUACGUCUUAAACAAAUCCUGCGAGACAAAUGCUCUCUAUUUUAUAAUUAAUUUAAACGCUUUUUUUGCCAUCAUCCUAGGUGAAAGGCUCAUCACAUUUGAACAGCUUAUUUUAACGUAGUUUUUUCUUUGGGCUGGUAAAAUUUUCGAGUUCUAAUAUUAGAAGUAUAAGAACGUGUGUUAACCUCCCCUUCCACCCUCACGUGAAAGCCACGCCUCCGAAUGAGAUCUUAAACAGUCAUAGCCAAAUUAAAGGAAAUAGGAAAAAAUAGCUUCGUCUUAGUUUGUAAGCUGAUUGAGCCCAGGAGCAAAACUUAAUAAUGUGGUGUGGACUCCCGGAUAAGAAUGGUUCUGUUAAAGACUUUUGGAGGUGACAGUAACGUGACAACAUGACUGGAUGUCGCUGUCACUCAAACAGUCCUUAGUCACGACUACCCCUACCCGGGUGGUCACCCGACUCAUUUGCUGUGUAUCUACACGGAGAUCAGUGGAACUCUUCAUAUCCUUCGCUGCCGUCGUUUGGCGUAAUACGGUAUUGCCACAGGAAGUCCAAGCUCGCACAAUGAGCCUAUGCAAACAUGUAAAUAUGUCUAUGGUUUUUUAAUGGGCAUGGACACACGCAUUCUUCACGCAAAAUUCAGAACUAGUUUCAAAUAAAUCCAAAUUUACGUCCCUUUUUUGCUUGUUCUCAGGAGAUUGUUUUAGACUGACGUUCGGCAGUUUAGUUCGUUCUUGAUUCCCCUCUUUGCCCUCUGGACAGGAUUAUGCACCUGCAUUCGUUUAGGUUAGUCAGGAAAUCGAUACAGGAACCAGUGGGAAGACCGAAAGGCACAGAAAUACUAAAAAAUAUAAAUAAAAAAGGGAAUUCAUAAUUUUCUUCUCUUGACGUAAUUGGUACCAUUAAUAACACCGGUGAGGGCGGAUUCCUUCAGGGGAGGGGGAAGGGGCAGUCGGCGCAUGAAUCGACCUAAUAAGUUUUGAGAAAAGAGUACAGAGUGGACUUGAUGAAAUAAUGAAUGGAUUUCGGGAUGUAAUGUCAAUCGAGAAGCACUUGAAGAGGUGUGAUCGUCCUAAUCUUGAGCCUUUUCUUAGGCAGCUGGAAAGGAAGGACGGGACCUGGACUGGACUCUAAACUUGACCUUUGGAUGUUGUUUUCAGUUGCUAAUAUUGAUUACGUCACCAAUAAUUAAAUUAAUCAGUAGAUAAGAUAUGCUGACUGAUUGGACAAGCCUGACAAUACUGAUGUAAGUUUUGUAAGCUUAACUUAGAUGAAUGACCCCUUCUUGUAGCAUGUACAAAAUAUAUGGGAAAAGGACUCCAAAAAUGAAGUAGUGAGACUCUCUUAUCCAGUUGAAGGUCAUAUGAAUACUUGCACAAAACUCAACACCUUCCUCUCCCCUCCCCUCCCCUCUUAACACAGCAGACACAGAACCUGAUGCCGUAUUGCAAUUCCAUGUAUCUUUCCAAACAACAUGGAAAGAGUAAAUUCUACUGUUGUGAUCACAAGAGCAGUUAGGAGGGUUCCAUGAUUGCUGUGAUGUCAUCUCUCUGGUGGGUUAGAAGAGGCAAAAUCACAUAGUUCAAAACCCAGUUGUUCAAGGAGUGGAUGAAGCUAUCCAACAGAUAAAUCUCUAUCCAGUGGCUAAGUGUUAACAAAACAUACCGCACUGUCUAAAGGAUAGAGAUGUAUCCAGUGGAUAGCAUUGUUGGAACACAAGGUCUUAGUUUGCUCAUGAAGACUUGAGGUUAGGAUAAGCUGCAUACAUAAUAAAAGAAACACUAUUAAAAAGCAGCCCAGAUUUCUUCAGUUCACAUUUUUAAUUCUUCUCUUCUUCUUCUUCUUGUCACCAUACCAAUGAAAACUCCCUUGUCACAAAAUAUUGUCAAUAACUAUCCCCUUUGCUUUCGAUAAGUUAUUUACAGUUUAAUAAUACAGAGCACAAGACGCAAAUUGUUAAAGGUAAUUUACUUCCCACGACUGAAAAGUAGCUUUCAGCUUGAAAAAAACCUAACUAGGAAUGUUUUUCAAGAAAGUUAUCUAAAUAAUAAUUUAAUUAAAUUGCAGCACUGAAAUUGAUAGCAAACUUUUCCUUUCCAAAAAAUAAUGUGAUUGGAUUCUCAAAACAUACAAAGGUAUUUUGAAACCCUGCCUGUGCACCAGUUAAACACUAUUCCUCAAAAAAAUUUACAAACUUGCAAGUAUACAAAUGAUAUCUCAAAGCAGUUGAGAUUGAUCCCUAUGUGGAGAUCUAGUUCCUCUUCAGUGAAAUUAAGUUUGAAAUUCUACUUGACAUCAAAAAAGGACUGAAAUGUGGUUUGGUACUGACAGGGAGAAUUUGCUUAACAAUCAAAGCUUCUUAGGCUGGCAAUCAUUUCCUUCAUUCUCUUAAACUUAGAGAAAUUAGACCCUGGUCACUUUAAAGGUUAUGCAAAGAAUUUCUGUCAAAAAAACCUAAUGA